GAGGGCUUGAGGAAACCAACCUUAGAGAAGCAGGAAGGGCCCCAAAGAGCUUUAGGGCUUCUGGGAUUUACAGAAAUCGUGCCAGUGGGGCCUGGAUGCAAAGUGGGGUUGGUCAGGAGGUAUUUCCCAGAUUUCUUAGGUCUCUGGAUACCCUGGGGAUCCCCAGACAGAACUAAAGAGCCCUGGGGAAUCCCAGAGCUCACACAGACCAAGAAGGCAACCAGAAGAAAGUGAGAGGUUGGCCUCCAGCUGGCAGCCUGAGUCUCCCAGGCCUUGUUGUUCUCCAGCUUCUUCCCCUGACCGUCCAAAGCCAUGUCUCUGCCCAGACAACUUCGAGAAGGGAGUGACUUUGAUCAGCUCCCAGAUGAUGUGCCUAUAUCAGCCAACAUUGCUGACAUCGAAGAGAAGAGGGGCUUCACCAGCCACUUUGUGUUUGUCAUUGAGGUGAAGACGAAAGGGGGAGCCAAGUACCUCAUUUACCGCAGAUACCGCCAAUUCUAUGCCCUACAGAUCAAACUGGAGGAGAGGUUUGGGCCUGAGAGCAAGACGGCCCCCUUUGCCUGCACCCUCCCUACACUGCCAGCUAAGGUUUACGUUGGUGUCAAGCAGGAAAUCGCUGAGAGCCGGAUUCCAGCCCUCAACUACUAUAUGAAGAAACUUCUCAGCCUGCCUCCUUGGGUACUGAUGGAUGAAGACGUUCGGAUCUUUUUCUACCAGUCUUCCUAUGAUUCUGAGCAAAUCCCCCAGGCAUUAAGAAGGCUCAGGCCUCGGACCCGGAAAGUCAAGAACAUCUCUUCUCAAGCUCCGGGUUUUGACCGUCUGGGUGCACCAUGUGCCGAGGCUUUGUUCGAUUUCACUGGAAACAACAAACUAGAGUUGACAUUCAAGGCCAAAGACAUGAUUUUCCUGUUGAGCCGAGUGAACAAGGACUGGCUGGAGGGCACUACCCAUGGGGCUACAGGGAUCUUCCCAGUCUCCUUUGUGAAGAUUAUCAAGGACUUUCCAGAAGAGGAGGACAGCCUCACAAAUUGGCUUCGAUGCUACUACUAUGAAGACACAGUGAGCACCAUCAGGGACAUUGCUAUAGAAGAAGACCUCAGGAGCACCCCAUUAUAUAAAGACCUGAUGGAUCUAAUCAGGCGAGAGUUCCAGCGCAGCGACGUUGCUCUGAAUUACCGGGACAGCCAGGGAGACCUGGUGCGGCUGCUGUCGGACCAGGAUGUAGAGCUGAUGGUGAAGCAGGCCUGGGCCCGCCCCUCUCAGAAACGACUCUUCCCCUGGAAGCUCCAUAUCACGCAGGAAGACGCUCUCCAUGUCUACAACACAGCCCCUUGAGAAGGCAUCAUGUAUCGGGGCAGGGCAGGGAUGGGACGGGAAGGAGGCCAAUGAUCUCCGCUGGCACUGUCCCCAUCCUGGACCUGAUGAAGCCCAGCCCGCCUCUUGUUCCAUACCACCUCCCCUCUAACUUCCCCAGCCUGAAUGAAAUAAACAGCUGAGAGUCUGCAGCAUCAGCCCCAAAGCAGCCCAGUGGUGGAGUUGAAA